CCACACUCAUAUUGAUCGCCCUACUGCUUCCACUCAUCUCGACCAACGCUUUCCUCCCGGAAUCCCUCCCUUGUUGACCAGAUUGUCCCUCUGGAAACCAUCGACUGCGCAACCCCUCCCAUCUAUCGAGCGCUCCCUGCGCAUGUGAAUGGCCAUUCUCGAUCGACCACCACUCGAGCGAGGUAAUGGCCACCCGCAUCCCUAAUAUCGAUGAUCUAGCAUCAUCCGCGGCCCUCGAAUCCGCCUCGUCCAUCCCCCACUCGACCGCCCCCUCCUCCGCCCCCCUCGAUCCCGACUACGUCAAACUGGAGGCAUCUCCCACGCCGUCCGGGCCUAACUCCGCCGACGCGGAUACGCCGGGGACGGACGGAUGCGGUCCGGCGGGGCGAAAGCGCAAGCUGAACAGCAUGUCUGCCCGCGGGGUCGCAAAUCUGACUCCCGACCAGCUGGCCAAGAAACGGGCCAACGAUCGGCAGGCCCAGCGCGCGAUUCGUGAGAGGACCAAGUCUCAUAUUGAUGCGCUGGAGCUGCAGGUCCGUGAGCUGAGCUCCCAGAAACCUUUCUUGGAUCUGCAGUCCGCGCUCAAGCAGAAUGAGGCGAUCCAGGCGGAGAAUCGCGAGAUUCGUCGGAGUUUGAAGGCGAUGAUGGACAUUAUCCAGCCCCUGGUUGGGAAACAUGAAUCAUCCACGACAGGUUCCGCCCCGGUUCAGACAUCGAUAGCCCCCUUGUCCGCCUCCUCCCUUCUCGAGCACCAUACAUUUCCUCAUAAUAGCCAUCGAACGGCCCCGCCCGAUCAAUCAUUCUCCGAAUCCAUCACCAGCACCCCAUCUUCCACCCAUUCGGCGCCGAUCUUGGGGGCGAGCGGGCGCGGAAGUGCGACAGGCCCUGCAGGGGCUUCCUUCCGCAUCGCAUUCGAUUACCAGCGCCAUCACCUGGCCCACGGGCUGGACUUUGGGGCCGAUGAGCGAAUGGGCUUCGACUUCCUCCUCGACGCGUCGCAACGGGUUCCGCGAGUGGAGAGCUUUCAUCGCUCGGCAGAGGCCGUGCCAACGGUGCAGAUGACGCCGACCUCGGCAUACCCAUCUCCCAGCGAGGACCAGUCGGCGUCGGCUCACCAGACGCCAGUGCGAAACAUCCCGCCGACGUGCACGCUUGAUGCGAUCCUGCUGGAUUUCCUCCACAAUCGACAGCGCCAGGCGGCCAAAGGCGUACCCAGGCAGAAGCUAGUGGGCCCUCCCUAUCCCAGCGUGUCGUCGUUGCUCAACCCCGAAAUGAGCGUCUAUUCGCACCCGCUGUCCAAGGUGUUCACGGACGUUCUGCGCACAUUCCCGGAUAUCUCGUCGCUCCCCGAGCAAAUAGGCGUGCUGUACAUGAUGUUCCUCCUGAUGCGGUGGCAAAUCUACUCCACGCCGGAGAACUACGACCGCCUGCCGGAGUGGCUGACGCCGCGGCCGUCGCAGAUCCUCACCCCACACCCAGCCUGGAUGGACUACCUGCCAUGGCCCCGUAUGCGGGACCGGGUGAUCACGGCGCACAAGGAUUACCCGUUCGAGAGCUGGUUCAUCCCGUACACGCGCACUCUCUCCGUCAACUGGCCGUACGAGGCGACAGACUGCCUCCUAUCGACGGGCGACAGCGACGAACUGAUCAUCAACCCGGUAUUUGAGCGCCAUCUGCGCAACUUGCAGAACUGGACACUGGGCCCGGCCUUCGUCGACGCAUUUCCUGGCUUGGCCGAGACGGCCAGAAUCAAGAAUACCGGUUGAACGUAGCGGAGUUAUCCGUUUAUUAUUCUUCCCGCAGCGUUUGCUUAACACAGCAGAUCUCCCCUCAUGGGUUUAAUCGUGGAUUUGGUGUCUUUGGCAUUUCAGCUAGGCGAUGGGCGCCUGGGAAUAUAUAUACUUCCCCAACUAGGCCCGGCGAUCCCUGAUCCGGGUCGCCGUAUGCAACUAGGCCUGCGUCUGGCCUCUGUAGUCUAGUCAUGGCUACUUUGCUGUUACCUCGUGGCAUCUCCCACGGUCGGGGCCGGAUCUUGUAGCGACACUGGAUAGAUACCACGGCAUGAGACGCGCACACGCGUCCGGAACCCCUGUGCCACCACCUUCUAAUUACCUUCUCUGUACAUUUAUAUAUUCAAAUAGCUCGUAUCUUGGCG